AUGACUUGUCUUCUGGACCUUUCGCACGAGCUUCUCCAGAGCAUCUUGGGCGAAGUUGACGGCCAUGACCUUGCGGCAUUAAGUGCGACAUGCCGCGCCUUCAACUCAUUCGUAACGGGCAAUAGGAUACUUUGCAAGAGUGUAUACCUUCGCGCAUGGGACCACCCAAUCGAAGCUGAGCCUUGCUGGGAGACAUCAGUACGCAACUUGGUCGCAUUACAGAAAAUACUGGAGAGCGAUGACCUCGAAACAAAGAGAGAGUCGUUCCACUGGGCAGCUCCACUGAUCACACCGCUCUUGACAGUCAAGAACUGCUCCAGAAAUGCUCCGUUCCUCGCCGAUCUCUUCAAGUCACAGAAGAAUAUUGACGCCUUCCUCGCUUCAUCCUCCCUCUUCGAAAACGCGGGAAACUUGACACAGCAACCAGCAGCCACACCAGAGCUACGCCAGCUUGCUGCCAAACUACACUGUCUGUAUGGCGUUCCUAUCGACUGUCAAAUCCCACCGAUGCUCGUCCAGGAUGACAGCGACGACAACUCUCCAUCACCGUCAUAUUCAGUCCUGUGGCAUCCAGAGGCCACCACAGAAAGCGUACAGAUCCCAACGAACAACUAUGCUCGCGCGGUAGUCUACGAUCUUCGACGAUACACAGAGGAGAGUCUCUGGGGACCAUUCAAGAGCGACGGCAGCCAGGAUGUCGACUGGGAAAAAGUAGAAGCCAUCAUGCUGGUAUUGGGAUACAACAUGCGUCUUUUCAACAGAAGAGCACCACACGUGUUCGAACCUGUAUGGGAAAAGCCAUUCGAUGGUGCCUCUCCCAACUCCUACGUCUCUGCGAAGCCGACAGGAAUCAUGCGAGAAUUGAGUCCACCCGGAGAUCUGGACCUACAAGACCCAUACGGCAUCACUGGAGAGUGGAUGCGCGUUGUUUGCUUCCUGGACUAUCACGAUUUGUUCAGUUUCAACUUCCUACACAGCGUACCUGCAGAUCAGCCGCGAGAUCCCAUCAAUACUCGUGAGGCAAUCAGGAUCAUUCGCCUCAAACUCCGGGUUUCUGCCAUUGAACCUCCAGGUCCAGAGGACGGUCAAGAUUACCCUGUCGUUUCUUUCACAGGAACAAGCUGGAGUUUGCAUGCAAGCUGGGAUGCAAAUGCUAACAGUCGGAUCAGAGGUACGGUGCGUCAAACACCCAAAGGUGAAAUUCGCUGGACGACGUUCUCCAUAUUCCACAGUGAAGAACGCUGGCGCAGCGAAGGCAUUCAGAUCGGCGGCCCACGAAGCGGCAGAGGCGUCCUCGGCAACUGGUUCGACAAGGACUUUGAUCGUCAUGGUCCUGCUGGCCCCACUGCUUUCUGGAAAGUGUCUGACUAUAUCGAGGACGGCAAGGAUGGAGAGGGCGAGCAGAGUGAGGGCAGUUUGGGAGACGAGGAGAGUGAGGGGGAUACGGAGUAUAUGAGUGAUUAG